CUAACACUUUCUGAGUUGAAUGCCUAUCGAAAUGUUCAUUAUUUGGCUCGUGUUUGUUGGUUAAAUCUUGAAAUUUGUCUACCAAGGCUAAUGAAUCCAUUGAUGACAAUUUUUAUUUUCUUAACACAACUAAUUUGUUGAUGUAUCUUUUCAACUGAAAAUAUUAACCUAAUCUUACCAUUUGAUGAGAAACCUUUGGUGUUGUUAUCCAAUAGCUUGUAACGGGUCAAAAAUGUGAAUCGCCGUUGUUGUGCCAUUGAUUUUUAUUGCCACAGUUUUAAUGAAGUUUGCAACAUAAAAAAGAAGAAGAAGAAGAAAAAAAAACCAACGCAAAACCUACUUUUGAAAUUGCCAGUUGCUGUUUUUUCAUAUAUGUUUCAUUUUUGUUUUAGAUUGCAUGUGAUUUUAUUCGUCGUCUCAUUCGUUGAGUUGGUUUGGUGAAUCGAACGCAUUUCGUUCGACGCUUGUGAUUUUUUUUUAUAGUUUCAUUGCACAAAUUCGAAAAAGUUAACCAGAUAAUAAUUCAAUUAAAAUAAUAUUCACGAAACAUCCAUUAAACACUCUCAUCCAUUUUAUUUCCUGCAUCAGAAAAAUGACGGCAACGAAGAAAUUUUUUUCAAUUUUUCUUGUAGUGGGUUUUAUGGUGACAAUGAAAACAUUUGCAACUGAAGAUCCGGUAUCGUUAGUUUUGCGAUUGAUACAAAAUAAUUUGGUCGGUGCUCCGGUCGUACAUCAAGUGACAGAAUGGGAAUUCGAUCCUGACGUAGCGGUUCGACGACGUGAAUUAUUCCAGCAGGUCAAUGGCUUUCGUGGCGAAAAAUUGAUCGAACGCAUCGGACUCGGCACAGACGGCUUGCACAACGUCCGUUUGGCUCUUCAACGUGAACGAGAUGAAGGAUUGCUAGGAGGGACUAUACAUCAAAUAAAGCAAGGCGACAAUAUCGUUGAAUAUUAAUCAAUUUGUUGAAAAAAUUACAUUUAAGAAAUGUUACAAUAAAACGGAAGUCACGA